UCGUUAAUGCAUGUGAGACUAGUGUGUGUUGGAUGUUUGACUUAGUCUCAUAGUCAAUGACGGUGUGUUCGCAUCCGCACAUGGGCAGAUAUUAUCUAGAAAUAAUAGGAUGCCGGACUGACCCAUCCUAAAGAUGUUGCUUGAACUUUUAGUUCAUGCUCUAAGCAUCUUUAGCGCGACCACGGGUGUAACUAUCCUUCGACUUGAAGUAUUACGUUUUCUGCAUAUGUGAACUCGCAUACUUUGAUGCAUUGUCCUAAGCCAUAUGAAAUAAGGAUGGUAUACAGGCUUUGUUUUGGGUAUGCCGCAGCGCGUAUUCAGAAACGUAGAUUACGUACAUAGGAUUUGUCACUACUCUUUUAAAGAGAUUAAUGUCUUAUGGGGCCCACUGAUAAGACAUGACUGAGGAAACUGCAUGGCCAUGCUGAGAUGCUUUUAUGACGUCUGUUCCUAUUAGUCAGACUUGAUAAAUCAGUGAAUGACUUAAUGGAUACAAGCUGGAGUUUAUUAAUCCCUUGCACUAAGUUUAGACAUUGAGACAAAGGGAUACAGUUACACGGAGUCUGGGUCGUGGAAAGGUUUUGACGGUGCAAACGUCUUAACUUAUAAUCUGGGGGCAAUAAUGUGUUGCUAGAUACCGCUUAUUGCUUAAAGUAUUGGUGCAGAGCCAAUACUGUGGCCAGUUUUAUAAGUGCCUAUACGGGUCACACACUUUGGACAAUUUAAGGAGUAGGAUUAAACAAUGGGUUAAUAAGUAAUUUGUAUAUUUGUAGAAAAUAGUAAAAUAAAAUAUUUUGGAAUAUAAUAUUAUAUAUAUAAAUAUUCGGUUAUAUAUAUUAUUUAUAUGUACCGAUUAAUGUAUAUAUAUUAUAUGUUGAAUAUUUUAUUUUGGUUUGUCAUUUUAAUUAUGAAAAUAAUUAUUUUGACAUAAACUAUUUAAAGUAUAUUUGUAUACUUGUUUAAAAAUGAUAUUGGUAUUUUUAUUUGAUUUAAAAUUAAUUUUAUAUUAAUUUUUGGUGUCAAAUAAAACACACUUUAAACAUUUGAGUGGAGAAGAAUUUCACAAAUCCUUCUCAUAUCAUUGUUCGGCCAAGUGGAGAUUUUAAAGGAUCAAAUUUCCAUGAUUGAAAUUAGUGGAGCUAAUAAUGUUUUAACCUUUAGCUUAAUGACAAAGUAUGAUUAAUCAAUUUGUAAUCUUUGUUUUUAAAUAACACGGCAAUUUCAUUUUAAAGAGAGAGGAUCAUCAAUUGAUUAGUUUUGCAUACUUUCGGCCAUAAUAUUUUCUAGUGAGAUAAAAUAUUAUUUUGGUUCCACAUAUAUCAUUUUGUGUAUAGAAAAUAUCUAUAAUAUUUUCUAAAUAUUAUUGGAAAUAUUUUCUAUAGAAAUAUACAAGAUUAUUAUUAUCCCAAAUUUUAAUCUUUAUAUUUUAUACUACUAUAAUCUUUACUAGCAUAAAGAUUGUGGUAGACUCCGGCGUUGUUCGUGUGUCAAAGUUGGAGACCGGACGCUUGAACGGUUACGUUUGCACUUUCAACGCUCUUCCUACGACUUCUUCGUUUUUACCGCUUACGGAGAGAGGUAUAAAUUUCUUACUCACUAUAAGUUUUAGUACGUGAUUCUGGGCAAGAUAAUCAUGUUGGGAUGUUAAAAUUUUUAUAUUCCGCUGCCUAUCCUUGCAUGGUUCAAAUGAAGAAGAAGAGGAAGAAGAAAUCCUGGAAAUUCCUGCGCAAGAAGAACAAAAUGCAAAGAAGGAACUACCGAAAGCAUACAAACACUUGAAGAAUCAUCCAAGAGACAAUAUCAUUGGAGAUAUUGAAAAGGGAGUUAGAACUAGGAACAAUUACAAUCUUUGUGCACACUAUGCGUUCCAUUUUAGGCUAUAAUUUACAUUUUAUGCAUAAAAUGCAAGAUUUUGAGCAUAUUUAUAUUGGGUUAUUAUUUUCCUUGAUACUAAUAUUUUUUUACACAAAAUAAAGGGAAAGAAUAAAGUUGGGCAUUGGAGCUCAAAGACAAUGGAAGAAGAAAUGAGAUUGGGCCGAGCCCAAAUAUUAAAUGGGUCCAACAUCUAAUUGACCUAUUCAUUAAAGUAAAACAAGGAAAAGAGAGAGGAAAUAAAAAAGAGUUGUGGUGAAGUGAAGUCAGCCGCAAAAGAGGAAGAAAUGCGCAGGACACUGAGAAGGAGAGUUUUAAUUGAAGACAAAAACAAACACUAAAUUCGUGGCUUAUAUAAUGGAACACGGACGAUCGAAGGGGAAGGAAUCCGGAGAAGAGAGCAGAAAAAUAGAGGUGAGCGGACCUAGGGUUCCGACCCUAGGUCCGGCUACGGUGGACCGGAUUCCGGUGACGACUAUGGCGAGGACACAGCAGGAACGUGGCGGCCAUGGAGGGUGGUUUCAGCUCCGGCAAUGCGCAAGCUUGGGAUGGGCCUCUGCUCCUGGUUCCAUCGACAAAGAGAGAAACGCAGGGGAGCACUCUUAUGGGUUCAAGGCUUACGCCGACCCACAUAUCAUUGAGGGGAGAACCCUAAAACAAGAUGACAUCCCGGUUCCCGUUCUUGAACUCAUUCAAGAACAAGGUUGGAGUUUUUUUCUUCAACUCCAAGCCCCCGUUUACCCGGAACUUGUUCAUCAAUUCUAUUCUUCUAUGAAAUACUAUCCCGAAGACCCUUCCAUUACCGCCGUAGUUCCCAGCAAAUCCUUCAAAUUCAACACCCAAAAUCUUUCCGAAUGGUUUCACCUAGGGCGUCAAGGAGUCUCCACCUGUUGCAAAAAGGGGUGGAUCACCGACUCACGAGAUUUUAACUCAGAUUCUUUCCUCCGAGUGCUAAAUAACAUUGUCGUUGACCAUGUCUUUGAGGACCCGCACUACUUUCUUCGUAGGCCAAAUGUCCAAGACUUACCCGCAAAUAGGUUCAUCCUCCUCAAAAUCCUCAAAGAAAAUAUCAUCCCGGUCCUUAACAAAGAUAAACAAGUUGGGGUUUAUGAAUGCACACUCCUAUAUUGCCUCCUCACUCACAAGAAAAUCAAUCUCCCUUCCAUCAUCCUAAAACACAUGUACGAAUGCUUCGGUCGCCAAAACAAACCCUACGGCAUGCUUCUUACCCACAUCUUUGCCAAGAGGGAAAUUUUUGAGGUGCGCCCGUCCCGCGUCCGCUAUCUUGACGCGGAGUGCCUUGGCUAUUGUGGCCUUGUAAAGAUUGGAGAGGAGUACUACAUGAAGAAGGAGUUCCAAAAUCUUGAUGAGGCUACACGAGCAGAGUAUGGCCCUCGACGAUCUUUGUCCUCCUUGCCAUCCACUUCACGAGCACCUCGUGCCGAAGCCGAAGAAAAUGCCAACACGGAUGUCCCCGUUCGUGCUCCUCGGGUCAAAUGCUCAAAGUCAGCGUCUCUUGCUUCCUCGGCCUCUCUCAUGCAUCGUCACUCUCACAUGGCUUCCACUUCCAAGAAUCCCUUUAAGAAGUUCAAGAAAUUCAUCCUCAAGACCGUAGUGGCUCCGAUGAAGAAACUUCAAGAAAGCCUCGAUGACCUCUCAGAUCGGAUGAAGAAGAUGGAGGACCGUGAGAAUCGCCAAAAGCAAAAUGAGGAUCGUGCUUCUAGACGUCGUCGCUAAGUGUUGAGCAUUUGACAAUAUGAUCAAACAUUAUAUAUUUUUGCCUAAGUUUUUAAACUCCUUGUCAUGUUUAUGUUUCAAACUCUUAUUUAUGCACUUGUCUCCUUGAACUACUCAAGCAUAAGAAUUGUAAUCUAUUCACAUAAAAGAAAAACAUUACAUAUUUUCAUUAAAUCAAGAGUUGUUUAUUGCGCUUAAACAAUCCCAAUUUUUAUGAAAAUAACAAACAAGAACACCAAGACAUAAACAAUAACUCUAUAACGAAUCUUAAGGAAAACGUUCAACUUAUGUAGCUAAGAAGAUCAUUUACCUUAAAAUUUUACAAAACACAAGUCACAAAAAAGAAUUCACGUAUGAAUUCGAAAAUCACUUAACUAAAAUAUGUAGCUAAAUUAGCUUCAAUGAUAACCGAAUUCGACAUACCAACCUACUUAUGAAAUCAAAUUUAUAAUUCAAC